AUGAAUAUGGCUCUUAAAACUUUCCUUUUUGUAGUUACAAAUUGUUUGUUAAUAUUCUCUUGUUAUUCUGCUCCUCAGAACCUUUCAGGUAUUUCUUUGGCUAAAUUUGUCUUGGAUGGCAAAGAAGACUGCGGAAUAGUCAAUAAUGACCAACAUGUCAACAAACUAUUUAAAAUUAUUUACUGUCCCAGUGAAGUUAAAACAUUCUCUUCUGAUUAUUUUUACCAAAGAGGUUUUCUACCUUGUUUUGGUGCCUAUGAUUCUUUAUACAAUUUAUGUGCUUUCCCCCAUGAUACUAUCAAUUUUACAACUCCUGAAUCCUUUAAAGAUCCCAAAAAAUUCUGCACUGAGGCCAAAAUUGUUUAUGAUCAUCGACCAUUCAAAUACACAAAUGAUGAUGUGAAAAAAUGGGGUGAAGUUUUUCAUUCAACUAUGAUAAAUGAAGCCCUGUGUAACAAUUUAUGCGUGAUUAACAAUGCAAUAAAUGAUCAGUGUAUUGCAAUGGUGACAUUUGCUAAUGAAUAUAUUCGUUUAAAAGAAACUUCUGUGUCAAAUAAAAAGGUUCCUAUCUCUGUUGAUAAUAAAUUACAAUUUUUAAAGGACCAAACUGCAACUAAUGUAACUUCAGAAGUUAAAAUCGCUUCAGAUACGCUUUUGAAGAAUAAUAUUAGUAGUUUAAAAACAACAAAUGCAAGUGAAUCCAUUAAUCAAGGAUCUGUGACUGAUGUUACUCAGUUGAAAACAGAUGCUGUUAUCCAAAAAGAAACUGUAAAGGUAAAUCAAAAUCUUGUAGGAGAAUCAAAAUCUUUAGUUCAGUCAGAUAGCAAAUCUGCAAAACUCAGUCCAGGAGAUGAGGCACAUAUUAAUGAAGGGAACGUUCCUGAAAUUGAAACACCUAAUAAAGAAAUGAAGCCUUCAAACGAUAAAGAUUUGAAUGUACCCCCUGUAACUAAUAUAAACAUUACACCCAAAGGUCCUCCAACUAUAUUUGAUGAAGGUAUCAAUGAUGAAAAUGAAAAGGCUUUCACUGAUGGCGAUGAUAUUCGUGGUGAGAAUGAAGAAGCAAUACCAGGAGAAACCAAAGAAAAAGGAGAGACUGUGCAUAGACCUUUUCCAGUCUCCUCUCCCUUUUCCAUAAUCGUGAAUGUACCACAUUCAUUGAAUCCUUUGAAAAAAAAGUGCACUUCUCGCUCUUUAUAUGAAGAAAGUGAAAAACCAAUUGAAGAAGACAAAAAUACAGUUUCCGACACAGAACAGCAUGCUGCAUUCCAUGGUGCUAUAUCACCUGCCUUCACUUCUAUGAACGAUAAUUUUUCCGAAUCAGAAGAUUCUUACUCCUUCACCUACAUAGUUACUACCAUGGCUGCUCUCUGUUGCGUCUAUCUUUUGUUUCAUUAUAGGAAUAAGCUAAUGGCUUUAGCACUCGAGGGGCGCAAGGGAAGGAGCUCCAGAGGUAGAGGAAGGCCCAGCUCGGCUAACUACAGUAAAUUGCAUUCAAACCUUGAAGAGGCGAUAGCUUCCAACGUCACCACACCCUCGGCCACUCAUGUCCUUUACUGA